UGAGGAUUUUAAAUCUCUCUUGAGCCAUGAAAGGCAACCCCCCCUCCCCCUUUCCUCCUCCUUUUCCUGAAGUUUCUAUACACUCCGGAGUGAUUCCUGUAAUAAUCAUGAUAAGCUGUCAGAAUCAACAUCAAGGAAGGGAAGCCGGCCCAGCUUUAAUACGCUCCCAUCCAAGUGGCGAGAAGUCCCACUCUGUGGCUAUUUAUCCUGCAGUCUUCAACAAUGGGGAGAUCAAAGGCUUCAAGUCUGGGCCCCCAAACACCCGCCGUGGCCCCCCAGAUUUACCAUAUACCACCUGGGAGGUGGGGAUCACCGGGGACAUUCAAUCCACCAACUAAUGGUGAAGCCAAGGCAAUUCUCAUAAAAGCUUUAAAACCAGAGCAAUAAAACCAGACAAUAACUUAUGACAUCAUCCAACUCCACAGGAAGAACACAUUUGAUGUCACAUUUAUGAUAAUAAACCCAGAAUUCUUGCAAUAUGUGUGUUUUUGUCCUGCUUAACAAUGAUAAUAUGUUUUAUAAGUCCAUAUUUCCAUAUAAAAAGCUCAUGUGUGAAACACUGCAAUGUGGACCGGCGCCACGUGAUUAUUUUUUGGCGUACGUACUUGUUGAGAAGCACUUUCUCCUCCUCCCCCUCUCCUCCUCCUCCUCUCUCGUGGCCGUCGUGUUCUCCGGUUCUCACUCGAGACGGAGAGGAAGAUCUCGUGGGUCCGGACCGGGGGGAGCAGGCACGAGAGAGAAGCCCCUCCCCGCAUAUCAUCGCACCGGGCGAUGGUCCUUUUAACUUCUUUGUUGGAGAAGUUAAAAGGACAGCAAAGGAUCAAACAAGCCCCCCCUCCCUCUCCCCUCCCCUCUCUGAUCGGCGCGACCCCCAGUUUUUUUUUGCUCUCAUGGAAAUCCGACCCUGCCUCCCGGCCACACUUUCUGCAGAGAUGCAAAGUUGAAGCGCAUUCCCAGCCGGGACAGCGGCGGAUACCGAUGUCUUGGAGGAGCUGAUCGUUUGGUUUAUCCGCUUCUCCGCGCGUUUCUCCUCUCCUUCCUCCCUUUUCUUCCUUUCCUCGGCGCACUCGAACCCCCCACCCCCUUUCCCCCCUCACCAACAUGCUGGAUUUGGCGCAUCGCAUAGUUUUGUGCGCGCUGCUCGGCUCCGUUUACGCGUCGUGCCCUCCGCGCUGCGAGUGCUCCGAGGCGGCUCACACCGUGAAGUGCGUCUCCAGAGAGCUGCGGAGCAUCCCGAGCGGGAUCCCGGGAUACACCAGGAACCUGUUCAUCACCGGGAAUCAAAUCAGUCGAAUCGGCCCGGAGUCGUUUAUAGGGCUGGAGAAUGUGACCAACCUCUCUCUGAGCAACAACAGAAUCUCCGAGGUGGAGUCCCACUCCUUCGCCGGCCUGCGCAGCCUCCGCUCCCUGGACCUGAGCAACAACCAGCUGGCGGUCAUCCACCCCGAGGCCUUCACCAUGCACAACCAGUCUCUGCGGGAGCUGAACCUGAGCCGGGCCCUCUACAACCACACGUCGGUCAUGGACCUGGCCACGUCUCUCCGCUGGAGCUCCCUGGGCACCCUGAGGCGACUGGACCUCUCUCACAACGGCCUCAUCUACUUACCCUCGCGCAUCUUCUCCCACCUGAGCGGCCUGCAGCGGCUGCAGCUCUCCAACAACUCCCUGGUGGCCGUCCACAACUCCACCUUCUCGGGUUUGGAGCGCCUGGAGGAGCUCGACCUGACCCUCAACGCCUUCAAGACGGUGCCCGAGGAGGGUCUGCGAGAGCUGGACUCGCUGCCCGGGGCCGACCUCCUGCUGGGGGAAAACCCCUUCACGUGUUCCUGCGGAAUCGAACCCUUCGCCCUGUGGCUCAACCGAUCCCAGGGACGCAUCGGCGACGCCGAGGGCCUCGUGUGCGCGUUCCCGGCCGGCAUGAGGAACACGUCGGUGCUGGCGGUGGGCUCGUUGACGCUGGGGUGCCACCAGUGGGGCGCGGGGGCCGACCUCGCCCUGCACACCUCCUACGUCUUCCUGGGCAUCGUCCUGGGCUUCAUCGGCCUCGUCUUCCUCUUCGUGCUCUAUCUCAACCGCAAGGGCAUCAAGAAGCGCGCGUACGACCUGCGGGACGCCUGCAGGGAGUUGUGCGAGGGAUACCACUACCGCUUCGAGACGGACUCCGACCCCAGGUUGUCGCAGGUGUCCUCGAGCGCCGACGUGUGAGGCGUGCUUCCGUCGGGACUCUUCUUUUUUUUCUCUUCGCAUUCAUCAGUAGCAGAAAUGUAAAAAGUGUACAGAUUUGUCUGUAAAUAUACGUACGAUUGUGUUAAUUAUCGUUUUAAAGCAUGCACUCGUUACACGAUUUAAUACAGAAUAUCUACGCGUGAGUCAAAUGGUCACGAGUUGUUAUUUCCGUGCUUGCGAGCCCCCCUCGUGUUCACACACACAACAACUGCAAGUGCCUGAAGCCAUCGAGGUAUUGUUUUCUCAUCAGAGGGAUCCGGACCCAGCUCUUUUUCUUUUAUUACUCCGUGUCAGUCGUUCAGCAACAGAAAGCUGCAAUAAAACCCUGACACCCCGACAACAAACCUCGGGGAAUUUGAAGCACAAUCACUCAUUCAUCUUUGAACUAUUUCAAAGCCUUGGGUCGCUGUGUCCUUCAGCUCCAGGGAGCCAAAGAGGAAUUAAGCCACCAAAGCGUUCCUAAAAAUCAGCCCUCUGCUCCUCUUUGGCUGUUGGAUUUGAAGGCUGGGGGGGGGGGGGUUCAGUGCAGACCAGUGGAAAUCUCCUAGCCCCCUCAUUUUUUUCCUCUCUUUUUUCCCCCCCUUUUUUUUCAUGAACCGUCGCUUUGUUUCAACUGCUUGAGUUUUAUUGUCAGAAUGAUGAGAACCAGUCGUGGGCCGAGAGCAAUCUCCCUCCCUCCUCAAAGACAACAGCCGCUCUGGAGGCUCUUUGAAAGAAAAGAAAAAAGUCUGGCUCUCCACGUUUUUCUGUUUAGGGGAAUUUUUUCUUUCAUUUUUUCUUCUUCUUCUUCUUCUUCUUCUUCUCCACCAAUGAUAAGAUACAGAUGAUUCUGAAACACCAGCGACAUUGUUUCAUUAAACCGUUUCUCUUUAAGGCCUCGUGAAAAGAAAGAAGAAGAUGUUCUCAACCUUUUUUCCCCCUACUUUUUCUCUACCUGCUAUGCUUUCUGGGGGUUGUGCCAAGACACAUCUCUGUGUAUAAGGUGUUUUCUUCAGAGCAAGAGUAACUGAAAUCCAAAAGGCUUACAUUUUACAUGCAUGUUUAAAAUCAAUCAAAUUAUAACCCGCAUGAAUCCCCAAGAAAAAUGGAUGCUCCUCUUUUUUUCUGUGUGCAAAUGUCACGUGUCGACCUUGUUCCUUCUCAAUGGAUUCAUGACAAAAGCAAUUCUCUGUGGCCUUAUGAUGCUAUAAGUGAGACACAGAGGGGGUGUGGCAAGCUGCCAUUCCUCUAAGUGUUCACUGCCCAAAUUGCAAGCUAUCUAGGUAUUUGGAAGUGGGUGAGGAGGAAGAGGGUUGGCCUAAAAGUGAUCAUCUUCAUCCCAUCAAGAUGUUCUCCAAACUCCUCUGAUAUAGAUCCAGAAAUGUGUAUAUGGAGACAUUUAUCCGCAUGUGUGAGUGACCAAAUAAAGCUUUACAAAGUCACAA